AUGACCAUUGCUGUGGAGUUUAUGGUGCCUCUUCUGAGCUUCGGAGUCCACAGGUAUUGCCGUUUCGCAGCCUUUGCACUUGCGAGUGCCCUGAUGAUGAUCAUCGCGCUGACAGGCAACUUCGGUUUCUUUAAUUUCCUCACGGCGGUGCUCGCCGUGGCAUUUCUAGGUGAUGAUGUCUUGUUGUGGACAUCCUCUUGGUCUUCGAAAGGCAUUGCCUUCUUGAACCAGACAUUCGUCUUCAACGCCACCAAUGACACGAAUGUUUCGUCAGGCAAUGUGUCUGCUCUACCCAUGCCAGGCAAUGAGUCUGCUCUGCCAUUGCCAGGCAACGUGUCUGCCGUACCCUUGCCAGGUCUGCUGCCGGUGAUGAGUGUGACGGAUAGCACAGCUGCGCGACAGCUCAUUCAAAAAUAUGUGCAAACUCAACAACCACUGGGAGACCUGGUCUUUGAAAUUGUGGUGGUAGUGUUCCUCUCGCUGCUGCUCCUGUGCUAUGCGGCAGAGACCACCAUGCUUUUGAUGGAAGGCUUCAGCAAGGGCGAGUCCAGUCAGGUGGCGAUCCCUUGGAGGCCAUGGAUGAGGACCAUGGGUUUCUGUCAAAGUUAUGGCCUCUUUGGAUCGGUUGAGCAGGUGCGAAGGGAGUUGGUCAUCCUAGAGCUACGACAGGGUCAAUGGAGGGAGUUGCAAUGGAGGUACAAGCCAGGAGACGUGACCCUGCCGCUGAGCUGUUGCAGCUUCCACAUGCCACGCCUAGACUGGCUAUUGUGGCUGGCGGCCAUUCGCAUCGGCUGCGAGGAGUCGCUGGAACUGCAACGGGAGCUGCAGCUGCGGCCGAUGGCGGCGGCACCGGAUUGGUUGGUCAUCUUUCUCGAGAGACUGAUGGAAGAGCGUGAUCCUUCGCUGUUGGCAUUGCUCAAUGAGCAGGAACCUAGCCCUCCAGAAGCUGUCAAGGUGGAGCUUCACCACUACGAGUUGGUGGGCUCAUGCUGCUGUCGAAAGGAGUCCGACGAGGGACAACUCUCGGUGACCUGGCGCCGGCGGAAACUCUUCGAUGUCACCGCAUAG